AUGAGGACGGUAGCAUUGAUCAGCGGGGGUAAGGACAGCUGCUACAACAUGAUGCAGUGUGUCGGAGCCGGGCACACGAUCGUGGCUCUGGCCAACCUCCAACCUAUACAUAAAGAUGAGCUGGACAGCUAUAUGUAUCAAACAGUGGGACAUCAAAGUAUAGAGUUAUAUGCUGAAGCUAUGGGUCUACCACUGUACAGGGAGGCAAUAACUGGUAAUGCUGUCAACCAGAGCAAAAACUAUAAACCAACAGACCAUGAUGAAGUAGAGGAUCUAUAUAGACUUCUGGUUAAAGUUAAGGACGAAUUAGACAUAGAAGCAGUCUCUGUUGGUGCAAUAUUGUCUGAUUACCAAAGAAUUAGGGUAGAAAAUGUAUGCCACCGGUUAGGUCUAGUACCUCUGGCAUACCUUUGGAGGCGGAAUCAAAAGGAAUUAUUACAGGAAAUGAUAACGAGCGGUGUCGAAGCCGUCAUUAUUAAGGUGGCUGCAUUAGGGCUGGACCCGAGGAUACAUCUAGGAAUGACGCUGCGCGAUAUUCAACCCCAUCUUCUAGUCAUGCAAGAGAAGUAUGGACUCAAUGUGUGUGGUGAGGGCGGCGAAUAUGAAACCUUCACGCUAGACUGUCCUUUGUUUAAAAAGAAACUAGUUAUAGGUGAAAAAGAAUUGGUGAUGCAUACAGACGACCCUGUCGCCCCAGUUGGCUACCUAAACUUAAAAAUGCACCUUGAACCAAAAGAUCAUUUUGAUGAUAAACUACCUCCUACUGUAAAAAAACCAUUAGAAUUUGUGAGCGAUUUAAGCGAUUCCGUGUUUAGCGACAUAAGCGACAUCGAACUGAGUGAGACAGAGCUAGAGUCAAUAGAGAAGUUAGAAAAGGAAGAGAAGAAGAAACAGAAAGAAUUAAAUCCAUCGCUCACGAAUUCGGAUGAUAAGGCUAGUUUAGAAGUGGAGAUUGAGAACGAUUGUACAGAUUGCGUUCAAGAGGAAGGCUACAGUUAUGAGCAGGCUCAUAGUGAAAAAGAAUGGCACCCGGUAGUGGACCACAGGUGUAUAUACGGGAACAAGCACGGAUGGUACUUCAUUGGAGGUAUUGUAGGAGAAGGCGCCGAUACGGGAUUGGCGACAGAAGACGCUUUGAAGAAACUCAUUAAUCUACUCGAGUCAGAAAGUUUGCAGCUUGAAGACGUGUGCUCAGUGAACAUUUAUAUGCGUGAUAUGCAGGAUUACGCGGCCCUCAACGAAGUAUACGUCAAGACAUUUAGUUUCCCCAACCCGCCAACUAGAGUUUGCGUGCAGUGCCCGCUUUCUGCUGAAGUCGGCUUAAUAUUCGACGCUGUGGCACACAAAUCAAAUGUAACUAACCACAACGACGAUGGCUCUAUUACUAGAGAACGAGUCACAAUGCACGUUCAGAGCAUAUCGCACUGGGCUCCCGCCAAUAUUGGACCAUAUAGUCAGGCUAUUAAGAUCGGUGAAAUAAUGGGUACAUGCGGUCAAAUCGCUUUAGUUCCUGGUUCCUUGCGACUAGUGGCCGGUGGCGCUCGGACACAGAGCGCGUUGUCACUGAGACACGUCACUCGGGUGUUGAGAGCGUUACAUCCACGGGCGCACAUCCGUAGCGUCGUACAGAGCGUGUGCUACGUGACGCGCGCGGGCGCGGUGUGCGCGGCGCGGCGGCAGCUGGAGCGGCGCACGGCGGGCGCGCUGGUGCAGUGCGCCGUGCUGCCCGCGCUGCCGCGCCGCGCGCAGCUCGAGUGGCACGCCUGGGCCCACACCGACAACAACCGCUUCGACUAUGAAGAAACAGGCUGCAACAUCGGUGAUUUCAAAGUCGCCAUCACGAGGCGAUGGAACUAUGAGAAUACAGUUUCAGCAUUUGUUUGUUAUGUAGCAACAGGUUCGUCUCCGUCAAGUAGUCAAUUAUCGUUCCCAAACGAGGAGGCUUGCUUGAACCACUGUUCUCGUGCACGCAGUAUGACUCACGAACAGCUCGAGGCGGUGCUCGAAUAUGCGCUCAAUAAACUCACCACAGAUGCCAGGGAUAAAGACGUGAAACACGCCGUCAACAUGAGAAUAUUUUAUCAGGUGUGGAGCGCGCCGGCGGGCGCGGCGCUGGCGGCGGCGGCGCGGGCGGCGGGCGCGCGGCUGCGCGUGGUGCCCGCCGUCACCGCCGUGCCCGUGCUCGCGCUGCACAACGCCUUCACCUUCCUCUCCAUCAGCGGCCUGCGCUUCGACGAGUGA